CAAUAUUUGUAAAUUAGAGUUCUACUUUUUAUCAAUUCAAUAAGAAAAAACAUUUUAAUAGCAUUUAUUUGAUAUGAAUAACUUUAAGUUUCAUAUAGGAAGUGUGUAUACAACUUACUAAAGUUAAGGAGACACUGCAUAAAUUGGUUAUCAUUUAGAAAACUUUAGAAAUUAGAGUUGAGAUGGACGAUAAUUCAGAACUUUUGUUAAAAAAGUUAUGCUGUACGUGUUUGAGCGAAGACAGAAAGCUGUUUCAAUUGUGUAGAGUUAAUAAUGGUGUAAACAACUUGUAUUGGUUGUUAUCGUCGGAUACGGAAGCGUUUAGGGAAGGCUUUCAUACACAUGGCGCAAGUUUAUACAUUUGCUGGGAGUGUAAUGCUGUUAUGUCGAGGAUGUGUGAAUUUAGACAACAAGCAUGCAUGGCACAGAGACAAUUGACAUGUUUGAUUGAAGGACAAAAUAAAGCUAUAAAAAUGCUAUCAAAACUAACACAUACUUUGAAAGAAAAUUUUGACUUUACUUUCACAUAUGAAGAUGUAGACAAUUUUAUUGAUUGUGGUAUCGGAGAAGUUAAAAAUGAAAAUAACUUCGAUUUUGAUGAUAUACCAUUAUCAGAUUAUAAUAAUUAUAUACAGGAUGUUGAAAAAUAUAAUAAAAAACAAACUACAAGUGAAAAAUCUAAUAUUAAAGAUUCAAUUGAAAAUGAACCUUUGCAGAAUAAAAAACAAUAUACAAUUAAGAAUGAAGAAACUUGUAAAGGUUUUAAUGUUGAAAAAGAUUUAGAUAGAAACAAUACAGAUGAUAAAAAGAUAAAGAAACCAGGUUCUAAACCGAGGCGUAAUAAAACUAUGAGGGACAAACCAACACCGUUCGGAUUUUUAUGUAUUGAAUGCAAUAAAUACUUUGAUACAAAGAAAUCAAGAUGGAUUCAUGUACAAAGAACACAUAGGGAAGGAUUCGAAUGCUCGACUUGCGGAAAAAGGUUUCCUUUCAGAAAUAACUUGACAAGACAUCAAAUCACACACACAUCACCACAGCCGCGUACCGAAUGCACAAUAUGCCACAAACUUGUACGUAAGGAUCUGUCGCGAGCACACUCGCGCACACACGCGCCACGCGACAUCUACACGUGUGUGCUCUGCGUUAAAACAUUCGCAAGCCAAGCGUCGUACGAACAUCAUCUAAAAUACACGAAAACACACGCAGUUAUUGAUAUACUCAAAUACAAAUGCUCGGUAUGCGAUAAGGGGUAUAAAUCUAAAGGCGAAUUAAGAGAUCACAUCAACUACCAGCAUAUGGGCAAGACUCAACAUAAAUGUCCACUUUGCGGCAAGGCGUUGGCGACACGUCGCUGCGUGACGCGCCACGUGCGGCGCGCGCACCACGGCCUCAAAGAGAACCCACGGGACAAGAUGUGUCAACAGUGCGGCAAAGCAUUUAGGGAUAAAAAAGGUUUAAGGGAACAUGAACUUAUCCAUACAGGGGAAAGACCUUUAUCUUGUGAAAUUUGCGGCUGCACUUUCAGACAACACGCAUCUCUCUACACACACAGGAAGAGAAUACAUAAGAUAUGCAAUAAGAGAAGGAGUAUAGAAUUAAUGGAGAGUGAGAUACCUAAUACUUAAAGAUCGCAGUGAAAAGUAUAGUAAAAUAAGCAAUUUUGUCAUGGUAAGAGGGAUUAUUCCCAACUGUCACCCCGCUCUGUCCCCACGUGGGGACAAAUGAGAAGAAAAAGUUUCAUCCUUCUCACCUUUUGCGACGAGAAGACGGUUGGAAAUUUUUGUGUCUUAACGGUACCAUCUGUCACCUUAUUAGUGAUGGUACUAAAAGGUGGGACGGAAGAAGCUUUUUGUUCUCACAUGGGGACAGAGCGUGGUGACGGUUGGGAAUCCAGUAAGAGACGAUAUUCGUUAUUGUAUAUAUGUAAAACAUUUUAUAUAGUUUGUCUAAAUGAGAUAGAUUAGUUUGAUAAAUGACACAUAUGAAGUAUCGAAUUUAAUAUCCGGCUGAAAAGUCGUUCUGUAUUCUGUAUACAUAUAAAAAAACUUGUAUAUAAGAAAAAAUCAUAAAUCAUUACUUUCUCAAUAAAAGUGUUUUAUUUACAUACUAACUUUCCCCUACUCCGUCCGUGGUAUUAAAAACCCACAAAAGUAUCCUACGUGUUCUAGACUAUUCUUUCUCUUUUACUUCCAUUGAGAUCCUUUUUAAGUAUACGAUAUAUACAACCAUCCUUUCGUCUUUAUGUAGGAUUCUAUAUAGUGUA